GCCAAAAGACGAGCUCCGACUAACUUGACAAGGCAAGCAACGGUCAAGGGAAAAAAGGGACGGAGGCGAUGCCCCCAUGGGAGACCUAUUUGCCCUCUGCGCCGCCGCUCGGGACCCGCACGCACCCGCUGGUGCGCUUCGUGGGACUCGCCUCCAGGCUUCUUCUGUCCCGAUGGUGCAACAGCGUCAAGGUCAGGGGCCUCGAUGGCUUUUUGCGGAUUUUGAGGGAUGAGGAGAGACUAAAGAGCGGGAGAGGGAUACUCACGUAUGCGAAUCACAUCAGUGUAAUGGAUGAUCCGACGCUGUUUGGGUGUAUGCCGCCCGAGACGAUCCAGGAUCCCGCACUGACCCGCUGGACGCUCGGUGCACGCGACAUCAUGUUCACGAACCCUCUCUUUGGCUACUUCUUCCGCACCGGGCAGGUCCUCUGCACGGACCGGGGGCGUGGCGUGUUCCAGCCAUCAAUCGACAAGAGCAUUGACCUGCUCGAAGCUGGCGCCUGGGUCCACAUCUUUCCCGAGGGCUACGUCAAUAUGAGCCGAAAGUCGAGGUGCAGGCGCUUCAAGUGGGGUGUGGGCAGGAUGCUCCUCGAGGCUGGCCGAUCGGCUUUCAGCAAGUCUGCCGGGUCUGCCGAGUCUGCUCUUGCUCCGCUGGUCGUGCCCAUCUGGAUCACUGGCUUCGACGCAAUGAUGCCUGAGCCGCGCGGAAAUCCGCGAUGGCUCCCUCGACCGGGCGCCAACAUCACCAUCGACAUUGGCAAGCCGAUCAACGCCACGCUCGACCCCCUCCUCGAUACGCUGUCAUCCUCGACGAGCGGGGAUGAAAAGUCGGUCGAAGAGUGUGUUUCCGAUCUCGACAUCCUCUCCGAUGCAUACCCCCUUCCCUCGGAGAGCCUCUUCCCGGAGAGGACCCCGCUGGCACCACCUCCGGGCGGCGUCCCGUGGCCUGUGCCACUCGCUGAAUCGCGAUCAGCGCACGCAAUCGAGAAGCUCGGGGCCGACUCGUCGUUUGCAAGGCAUGCCCGCAGCCUCGUCUCAAACGAGCUCCGUGCUCACCUGGUCAAGCUCGGUGCUGAGUCCAGGAAAGCCGGCGGUGUCCCUCUCGGUUUGGUACACAGGCUCAUGGACGAAGAGGACGAGAGCAAUAGAGGCCUGUUGUAGAUCCCCCAAUUCCUAUUCUCACUUUGUUCUCUUAUCUACAGUACAUACAUGCAAUCGUCGUAAUCCUAUAGAGAAGGUGC